AUCCAGUUCGGCCCUGGCAAAAUACAAUCAGCUGUUUGUAAUGACAGUUCCUCUGACAAAUACAAAAUGGUUGAAAACUAAAGUUGGCAAACAAAGAAAAGGUAGCGUAAUAGCGAAUUUUAGCGUUAAAAACGUUUUUUUAAAGUGAAAGUUAGUUAGUUUAGUUUGUGUUUAGUGUUUUGUGCACGAUGUUGGAUUUGGAAAUCGUCCCUGAACGCUCUCUGGGCUGUGAUGCCUGGGAAUUUGUUCUAGGGAUGCAUUUCUCUCAAUCAGUGGCCAUCAUUCAGAGUCAAGUGGGCACAAUACGAGGAGUACAAGUACUAUAUAGUGAUCAGAACCCGUUAUCCGUAGACCUAGUAAUAAAUAUGCCUCAGGACGGCAUCCGGUUAAUAUUCGAUCCGGUUGCACAACGACUCAAAGUUAUAGAGAUCUACAAUAUGAAAUUAGUUAAGCUUAGGUAUAGUGGUAUGUGCUUCAACUCGCCGGAGAUAUCGCCGUCGAUCGAGCAGGUUGAGCACUGCUUCGGCGCGACGCACCCGGGCCUGUACGACUCGCAGCGCCAUCUGUUCGCGCUCAACUUCAGAGGACUGUCCUUUUACUUUCCUGUUGAUAGCAAAUUUGAGCCUGGCUACGCUCACGGGCUGGGCUCUCUUCAGUUCCCUAACGGCGGCUCGCCCGUCGUCUCGCGAACUACCAUCUACUAUGGAUCUCAACACCAGGCUAGCAGUACAAGUAGCGGCAGUGUGUGCGGGGCGCCGCUGCCCGAGCUGCCGCUGUCGUGCUACCGGCACCAGCUGCAUCUGCGGCGCUGCGACGUGCUGCGCUCCGCCACCGCCACGCAGGGACUGCGCCUGCAUAUGUUCACUGAAGGACCCGGCCGCACAGAAGGCGGCGGUCGCGGGGUAUGCCGCGUGGUCCGCUUUGGCAGCUCGGCGCAGCGCGUGGUGGCGGCGCUGGGGGCCCCGGCGCGGGUCUACUACAAGGCCGACGACAAGAUGCGCAUCCACCGCCCCACCGCCCGCCGCCGUCCCCCGCCGGCUUCGGACUACUUCUUCAACUAUUUUACGUUAGGACUGGACGUGCUAUUCGACGCGCGUACGCACCAGGUGAAGAAGUUCGUGCUGCACACCAACUACCCGGGGCACUACAACUUCAACAUGUACCAUCGCUGCGAGUUCGAGCUCACCGUGCAGCCGGACAAAUGCGAAGCGAACUCGCUAGUAGAAAGUCGCGGCGCCGUCUGUAUCACUGCGUACAGUAAGUGGGAGGUGGUGUCCCGUGCUCUUCGCGUGGCUGAGCGCCCCGUCGUGCUCAACAGAGCUUCGUCUACUAAUACUACCAAUCCUUUCGGAUCUACGUUUUGCUAUGGGUACCAGGAUAUUAUUUUUGAGGUGAUGUCAAACAACUACAUAGCAUCGAUCACGCUGUACCAGCCAGAGGGCUCGCGGCCCCGUUACGCCGUCAACUCCAUCGCGUGACACAGCCAGGCAUCCCCAAGCAAAGGUAAAAAAUACACGUCCUGAACGAUUUCGGUUGUCAGUCACCACACAAAACCUACUCCCGAGUGGUUCCCCACACAAUGUCGAAAAUGUUCAACUUUCUACUAAAACAACUUCAGCCGAAGUGACUACAUAUCUUUACCACGAAGCACCUAAGAGGAAGCAGUAUUUUUAAAAAUGUGAUAAAAAAACUGUGAAAAAAAAACUCGAAAAAAGUGAGUGACAGAUCUCAGACGGUGUGUUAAGUCUUAUUUAAUUCCUUAGACGGACUAAUAGUUAAUGUUUUAUUUUUAAGCUUAAUUAAGUUGGUAUAUUUCAAAAAGUGAACAUUGUUUUUUUUUAAUAAUAGUCAAAUGUGUUCUUGUAAUUUUAACUUUUUAACGCCAUAGUGCAAGACUAUUGUGUCACAGACAACGUAUUCUUACACUAUGGUUAUGGGAUAAAAAAUUAGAAAAAAAAAACAUGGAAAAAAACUAGAAAUAGACUGUGCUGUAAAUAUUUUUGAGAAUUUGAUGAGAACUUAAAUAAUAAUAUGAAAUUGAUGUAUUUUUUCUAAAAAGAAAUGAUUUUUCGAUCGAGACGUUUGGUAGUGAGUGUGUAAAAAAAUCGUGCAAAAGUAUUUUGUCAGCACCACAGAUUAUGUUGAGUUAGUGUGCAUAACUUGUGUUAUCACCCAAAAUCGUGUAUCAUUUAUUUUAUCGAACAUUUUAUUUCGUACAUAUCUUAAUUUUAUUUAAAUAAAAAAAAAAUUAUACUUAUUUAUAUAAUUAUUGAAUAUUGAUGGAUAUUUGUUAUGUAAAUUAUUAUUUUUUUGCGCAAAGGAAAUCGCACAGUGUGCGCCUUUUCUGAAUUUCUUAGUAAUAAUUAUGAAAGUGUAUUGAAGGAUUUUAAGAGAUGCUUGGAUAAAAAUAUCUUUAAGGUUAUUGCUGUGCGAAUGUGGAAUAAACACUUUUGGCAAAAAUGUCACAAAAUAGCCUUCGUUUUAAAAUGGCUUCUUAAAAUUAAGAUAUGGUCUAUAAGAAAUGCGUGUUGCGGCUCUCAAAUACUGAUUUUAUGAAGUACAAAAUUUAUUUUUAAAAAGUAUUUUUUAACGUUUUUUAAAAUAGAAAAAUGGUGUUUUUAAUUUUUUGACAAAACAUUUUGGAAAUGUUUUGUAGAUUUUUUGAGAAAAUUGAAAUUCGAAUUGUGGAUUUUAUUUUUGAAAUUGUAUUUUUUAAGGUUCUUUUAAUUAUGAUUGUGGCUCUUGUUUAUAUGGCUUUUGGGCAUACUUUAAAGCUCUUUGGGCCAUCCUGAAAUAGACGACAAAUACAUAGUAUGAAUAGAUUCUUCUUUUUGACAAAUAAAUUCCCAAAAAAAUGUUAUUGACAAUACCAUUUUUUACAGGAUUGCAAAAUAGUUUUUUCACUCAAUAUGAUAGACACCUAACUUUAAAGUAUGUUCAUAGGCAUAUAAUCUGUAGAAACCUUACAGCCAUGGACGAUAAAACUUGGCUAUUAGAUGACGCACGCUACUUUGCAUAGACUAAUAAAAACUUUUGACCUCAGACCUCUUUGGUAACAAAAAGCUUAGGAUUUCUAGUGCCAAUGACGUUUCGUUCAAUAUUCAUGUCAUUUUGGUAUGGCCCGACCGUUUUUGUGCAGUUGACAGUUGCUGUCAAUUGAAAAUGACAGCUGUCAAUUGCACAGAUGCGGUGGCACUCUAAAUGAGCUUAUAGGCUUCACGAUGUCGAGGCGGUUGUGAUGUUUUACUAAACUGCUGUUACGGCAAUAUGACACUUUAGCUUUGGUAAGGUUUAAACGUCGCUUAGAUUUGCUUUUGGACCGACUUUGAAAAUCGAAACAUUUUUUGUGUUACUAAUUCUGGCCUUCGUCAACAGAUGGCGUUAAAAUAUUGAUGCAAAGAUAUGUUGUAAUUUGUUAUUGUUGUACUUAGAUAAGAUUUGGUUAUAAUCAUUUUUAUAAAUUAACUUUUCAGUAAUCAGUAGUAAUGGUUUGAAAUGCGGUUCAAAAGCAAAAUUAGUAUGUUUGUUAAUGCACAAUAUGUCACUUGUGUGAUUGUCGAGUAAUGGCUGUGGUGCCAUAAUGUAACAAGAAAAAAAAAUGAAAAAAUUGACAUAAUACAAUAAAAAAAGUAUUAAAUUUAAGGUAGCUCUAUGCUACGCUCUUGUUCUGCGUGUGCGAAUGUUUUGCCGAAAUAACUCGCAUUAUCUGAAUUCCUUGUGAUUAUUUAUUAAAUAAAAGAAAAAUAAUCAUCACUACAACGUGUUUUUAUGCCUUUUCGAUAUAAUUUCACCUAAAAUCUGUCAAAUACUAAAAACUAAAUUCGAAAUUUAAAUUCAGUAAUGGCGGCAACUUGUCAAAAGAUACGCACACAUUUGAACACAAUUAUUUUUAUAUCGAUUAGCUUAUUUCGUCACUCGGUGGCGUGUAUCGAUUCAUACGUCAUUAAUCUACAUGUAACUAUGUCAGCCUUUUGGUCCUUUCGAUUUUAGAUAUAUUACCAUAGAGAACAAAAUGAGGAGCGGAGAUGUCAUAACGCAAAAUUUCUUAAGAAAGUAGCGCGCUAAAAUGCGGGUGUUUGGGGGACGAGGAACGUUACUAGCUCCGGCCUAUCACGCCUUCUAUGGAACCCGCCCAUUAUUACCAAUAAAUCAAGACUAAUCUUUGACAGAUUCCUUUUGAUUUGACAAGGAACCCCAACGUCUCGUUGGUUCUAGUAACUGAUUACUGCCGUACGUUGCUUGACCUACAAGAAGGCGCUUCAGCUAACUUCCUUAUGGCAUCUCCGCUAUCUUUCCUUCUUCCGUGGAUACAAAAAAUCAAUUUGAUUUUAUAUUCUGCAAACUCACUGUGAUUUAGCACAUUUUUAUUUGAUAACAUUAUGAAAGAAGUGUCUUAUUUAAUUGAUACCUAUUAUCUAAUUGAUGAGCUUAAUCACGCAUCAUAAUUUCCAACAUUAGGUAAACAAUUGAGUCCGAAUACAUAGAUGUCAAAAUGACAUUUCAUGUUUUUUCCGUCAGUUCGUCAUUGUAAAGACGAGAUUUCACCAGUACGUGGCACAUUGAUGCACACAAAUGUUUCUUCUGGUCUACUCGCUCUAUCAUACAAACAAAUGUAUGAAAUAUAAACUAAAUUACACCAUCUUCAAAAUUGUCUUAUUAAUAAAUGCCUCUGAUAUAUUUUUGAUUUUAUUAUAAGUCUUUUAUUUUUUUAUCUGAGUAGAAAUACGAUACAUUUAAAGAAGGUAACUACCUAUAGUAAGAAGUUCCAGUUAUAUCAUAUAUCAUUUAAUACAGAUAAAAAAUUAGAAUGAUAAAUCAACAAGGUUAAGCCGAUUUCAAAAAUUUUCGGAUGAUUGUGAAACAAACGAUCAAUGAUAAUAGAUUGAUUGAUAUUGAUACCAGUAUAUGAUAUAACGAUAUCAUAAUACUCGAAAGAUAAAGAUAAAUUCAUUAUACAGGUGUUUUUUAUUUUACCAAAACAUUGUAUUACUACAGACAGAUACACGGUUUUAGAUUAGAUAAAUGGUUGUAAUUUUAUGAUUCAUCACGUUUUAUGUUUCUGUUAUGUAAUUCUGAUUUAUUACAUGAACAAUUUAUUUCUUACUUUAGAGGCAUAAUUACGGAAAUAAAAUCUAUUCAGUCUCCAAUAAAAACGUCUUUAAUAUCUUUGGAAAGGUUUAAAUAAUGCUUUCACUUGUAAACUAGAUACUUCACAAUAAAUAUAAUUUUGUCACUGUCGAUAACAUAGCCGUUCUCCCGCGGUUUCACCUACGUCCCGUGGGAACUACUGCCCGUAACAGGAUAAAAUAUAGACUAUGUUACUCGGUAAGAGUAUAGCUUUCCAACAGUGAAGAAUUUUUAAAAUUGGUGCAGUAACUUUUGAGUUUGUCCAUUACCACACAAAUUCAAAUAUAUGUCGAUAGUCAAUAGUACGGUCACUGAACGAGACGCAAGCGCGCCAAAUUGUUGUUUCACCGGAUACGCCACCAGAGGGCGCGCUUGCGUCUCGUUCAGUGACCGUACUAUUGACUAUCUCCGACAUAUAAAUGUUUCUUCUCUAUGAUAUAAGCAUAGACAAAAGGCGCCAAAAUGGCUGACAUAAACUCGUAUAAUAUAAAUAAUGCUUGUGUAUUAUACGUGUAAUAGUAGCGUUGCAUUAUGCAUUUAGGAACAUAACAAGCCUUUACGAUUAGUGGUUAGAAGGCCCACUUCGUUUUUAGAUUAUAUAAAGGGACAUAGACCAAGGAAUUAACGUUAAUAACGAAACCUUUCUUACAUUUGGAAAACAGAUGGGAAAUGUCCGAAACUGCAUGCGGAAAAACGCCCAAUUGUAAAAACUUAUUUCCUAAAUAAUCCAAUCUAAGAUAAUAAAUGCGAAAGUAACUCUGUCUGUCUGGCUUUGACUACUGAACCGAUUUGUGUGAAAUUUGAUCCAGACAUAGUUUGGAACUCGAGAAAGGACGUAGGAUAGUUUUUAUUACAGAAAAAAAAAUAAAAAAAAAAUCCGGACAUACAGCGCCAUCUUAUGAUCUCAACUUUGUAAUGCAAUUAUCGUAUUAUUAUUCAAUCUGUUCAGUCAGUGUAAAUUUUAAUUAUAAUUUAUUUACCUGACAUUGAAACAAGUAAAAAUGAGGGCAUUUUCCGCAUGUGGAAUGACUACUCCACUAUCUGACGACACAAAGUAUCGAAUACUAAAUAAUGUGUGGAUUUUAUUUUAUUUAUUGGGAAUAAAAUGAAAAUCCUCAUGUUUAACUUUUUGAAAAUAAAGCAGACCUCGAUUAAGCGACGGUAGAUAAAUCGCUAAAUAUUUAUUUAUUACUCACGAGUCACUUUAAAUAUAAUCAUCGGCGCGAAUCUUGAGCGCUGACCUUCACUUGCGCAGAAGUGAUUUAUUAGCAAAGAACCAAUCCCGAGUGACGGCUAUGACGCGAUGCAUUGCGGGCCAAUCACUGCUUUAGCCCGCCCCCGCGCCUCACUUCAUACCACCAAAGGGACCCAAUAAAUAACUUCUGCGCAGGUGAUGGUCAGAGUUUAAGAUUCGUGCCGAUGAUUAUACUUAGAAGAAUUGUUAUAUUUUUUCACGUACCUAAGCUAAAUCAUGUCAUUUGAAAAUUUUUAAUUGAUAUAAUAUUUAAUUAUAAGUUUUAAAUUGUAUCAUAUUUAUUGAUUUUCCCGCCGUUUAGAGCUCUUUAACAUUUUAAAUUAAUUAAUCAUUAUACUUUCUAGCCAUAGGAUUUAUUGAUAUUUUGUAGCUUAGCUUUAAAAAGGCGGAUUUUCAGAAAAAAAAUAUUAUUUCUACUAAUGAUUAUGUAAGGGUAAAUAUUAUUAUUUUGCGUAACUAAUAUGUAUGAAUUACUACCAGAUCUUUUAUCGGCUGUAUUAUGGUCUAUUAAACUUUAUAUAAUUUAAUUGUUUAUAUUUUAAGUAGUAACAAUUAUAAAGAGGCAUAAUAAAGUAAAAUCAUUUGACAUAAAUAUGACGAUAUUGGUACCCGCAUCUGGGCAGGUCAUUGGAAAACACAAAACACUUUUUCCAAUGAGGAAAAAUGUCCCGCGCCCGUACUAUGUUUCAUGAAAAAAUAUUGUAUGUAAAAUGUCAUCUUUAGAUCCAGUUUUAAGUUAAAGCACCUUAUUACUUUAGUCUAUAUUUAGUUCUAGAUUUAAACCAUUCACUUUAAUCAAGAUGAUCGUUUAAACCCAGCACUAAGCCGGUACUUUUUAAGACCACGAUUCAUAAGGUGGCAAAUGUCCAAAUGUUGGUACCAAUAUUGGCCAUAUAUACCAAUAUGAAGUGACUUGCAGUCACCAGUCUCCUAUAGCCAAUGUUUUAUUUCCUAUGUUGUAAAUUGUUGAAGGAAUUGUUAUAUGUAUUAUGUUAUUGCUGUACACACGAAAUGAAAACUUGAUUUGACCGUCUUUCAUUUUUUGAUGAAAAAUGCCAUAAAAACUUAAACACUUUUUUGGAAUUUUCUUAUCUGUGUAGAUAUUUCUUCUCCAAAGUAUUUUACUAUCAUAUAAUAGAUAUUGUUUACGCAUUUUCCUGGUAUUAGAUAAAUCUCUUUGACGUAUUUCACAUGUAGAAUUUUUUAAAGACUACUCAUCCAUAUUUGGGCACAAUAAAUAUUUAAUCAGUUUUGCUAUGCCUUUUCCAAUAUUAUGCAAUUUGUAAAAUUGUGUUAUCUGCCUCAUUCCGACAGUCUUAAUUAUGUUAUAGCAUUAUUGACCUAAUUACCAACAAUGUGAUAAGUCCUAUAUUAUAUAGGACUUCAGAAGAGGCCGAAUAGCCUACCUUAUUUAUUUAUUUAAAUUACGUGGCAAAGCUUGAAACUUAACCGUCAUUUUCUCGCAUUCAUCCAAUAACAACAACUUUGCUGUCAUUGAACAUCCUUGGCAGUCGUUACGGGUAGUCAGAAGCCAGUAAGUCUGACACCAGUCUAACCAAGGGGUAUCGGGUUGCCCAGGUAACUGGAUUGAGGAGGUCAGAUAGGCAGUCGCUUCUUGUAAAGCACUGCUGGUACUCAGCUGAAUCCGGUUAGACUGGAAGCCGACCCCAACAUAGUUUGGGAAAAGGCUCGGAGGAUGAUGAGCCAAUAACAACAACUUGAGAUAGAAAAAAAUCAGACCUUAUUUCUUCUCUAUUCAUUUUUUGUCAAACUCCUGCCCAAUUCUUCACAGUAACAAUUUCUCUAUAGAUACCUUCAAACUGGUACCUUAUCUAUGCCUCCUUCUUAUUAUUAGCUAUCGAACAUUUUGCUUUAACAAGAUGCAAAGAUGCAUCGUCAAUGACUGCUGCAAAAGUGCCAAGGGACGAGGGUAGCGGCGCGACGUGGCCACUGCAAUUAUUAUUAAGGAUGCUUCAAAUGAGGUUCAGACCAGAGGAAAUGCUGAUUGCAAUAUUAUUUCGAAAAUUGUCGAUAGACAGAUUGGUUUAUUUUCAGUAUAAAGUAAUAAAGAUGAUUGAUAUCUGUCUAAAUUAAUGAACAAACAUUUUUGCUAAACUGUCGACUGACGUAAUAUUUUUUCUUCCUUCCUCAAUUUAACAAAAUACCUAGUAAUUCACGGUCAAAUCAAGUGCAAACUGAAAUAAAAUAAAUGUGUUGCUAUUGGUGAAAAUAAUUACCUACGUAUAAAUCUUUGAAUCAUUAUAAUUAUCAGUUGAAAUAGAGCGUGCUAUAUUUAAAUCGAUAAUAUUUCUUUAUCAACCUCCUUGAUCAUGUAACCAUCACGAUGCCAUAAAACUGGAAAUAUAAAACGAAAAAUAAUGUGUAAUUAUGAUUUAUUUAUGUAUAUGGCUGGCAAGUAAUGAAUAAUCAUUAUUUUGUAUGCUCUUGCAAUGUAAGCGAGCGAGCACCUAUCUUUUAACAUAGCUGAGAUCUAAUAUAAUUUUAUCAUAUAGACAGAAACAAAUAAAUUACUCUAUUUCUAUCAAUUGAUAUGAUAUCAAUUAGAUAUAAUUAAGCCUUACGUUUUUGCUAUUUUCUUAGAAAUAUAUCAAUUCUAAUUAUUGCCUACCUCUAUCUUAAUUACCCUGGCAACUCCAUCUAAUACUAAUUUUCACCAUAGCAACACAUUUACUACAUAAAAUGGCUUGUGUUAAAGGUUGGGCAUUACAUAAAAGCUGUGAAUUUAAUAUAAUAUCGUCGUGAUUGUACGCACAAACGGCUUGUGCUUCACAUUGCUUGUUUAUGCGUUUGUUACGUUUUUUUUAUACAUUUGGGCAUUUUUUCCUACUACCAAUUGCCUGGACGAACAUUUAUAGCGAUGUUCUGUGUAUUUUGAAUUGUAUUUUAAAAUAUCGAUAUUAUUUUUUGCCUUACCGAGUGAGUAUUCUUCUUGAUCUAAAGCAAAUUGGAAUAUUUUAAAAUAUGUCUGCAAUAAUGUAUAAUAUUAUUUUGAGAAAUAUUUUCAGGAAGAAUGCCCAAAUGUAUAAAGAAAUAAUGUAUGAUCAUUGCAUACCUACCUAUUUGUCUUUGGAUACAUAACAGCAGUUUGUCUCUGCUUUUGUUUAUAAGCUGUAUCGUUGUACUAUACUUUGACAAUAUAGAUAAGCGAUUUUAAAAAAACAUGUGUUCGUCAUCAAAAUUGUAAAAAAAUCCCGUUUUUUAUAUUCCACUCAUAUGGGGGUACAAAGAGGAAUGUGUCUCAAAAAAUACCAAAAAAUCUAAAUAAAGGAUUUCAUACCGA